CCCUAUCAAGGCCCUUAGGAGCUUAUAUUGUUUACAUUUUAAACAUAAACAAUGAGAAAUGUUGGGAUAGUUUAUGUGGUGGCCCUUGUGGCGAUCACCGUGCUUCAAGCAGCGGAGGCGGUGGUGAUUCCGGUCGGUGGUGACAGUGGUUGGAUACGGCCUCCUAAUCCUAACUUCUAUUCCUCUUGGGCCGCGGGUUUAAAUUUUAUCGUCGGAGAUAUUUUAGUGUUCAAUUUUGCGACGGGAGGUCACGACGUGGCCGGAGUGACAAAAGACGGUUACGACAACUGCAACACAAACAAUCCUAUAUUCUUAAACACCACAUCCCCUUUCUCUUUCACCCUCGAUAAACUUGAGGAUUUCUUUUUCAUCUGCACCAUCCCCGGCCACUGCUCUGCCGGCCAGAAAUUGGCCAUCACCAACCUCCAACAAUCACCGCCACCUACCUCCCCCAAUUCUCCCCCCGUUUCCGGCAACGAGCCACCACCAACUCCUCCUGCCUCCCCUAAUUCUCCACCCGUUUCGAGUGAAAUGCCACCGCCACCAAACUCAGCCACCAGUAUUAUGGCCUCUAUAUUCACUGUUGCCUUCGUCUCCAUCGCUGUCAGCUUCAUAAUAUAUUAAUCACUCAUCGUUUUCUUUCUUUGUUUUAGUAAUUAUUAAUGCUUGGCUUAUUACAUAAAAGUUGACGGGGUUUUGUCAACGGCGCUAUUUUCAUUAUUGUAUUGAGAUUUUUAUUUCUUUU